GGUGCUUCCGCCUGCGCGUGGUCGAACCGGGCCGCUCGCCGGCGCCCGGGACUGUGGGGAAACCGCGCCCGCAGCCGCCGGCCGUGCGGCCGGACGAGAGGGCGAUGGAGCUGGAGCCCGAGCUGCUGCUGCAGGAGGCCCGGGAGAACGUGGAGGCGGCGCAGAGCUACCGGCGGGAGCUGGGCCAGAGGCUGCAGGGGCUGCGGGAGGCGCGGAGGCAGAUCAAAGAGAGUGCAUCACAGACAAGAGAUGUCCUCAAACAGCAUUUUAAUGAUUUAAAGGGAACCCUUGGGAAGCUCCUGGAUGAGCGAUUGGUGACCCUUUUGCAAGAGGUGGACACGAUUGAACAGGAAACUAUUAAACCUCUAGAUGACUGCCAGAAGCUCAUAGAGCAUGGAGUUAAUACUGCAGAGGACUUAGUCCAAGAAGGGGAGAUUGCCAUUCUUGGUGGCGUAGGAGAACAGAAUGAAAAACUGUGGAACUUUACCAAAAAGGCCUCACACAUUCAGUUGGACAGCUUACCAGAAGUGCCUUUACUGGUUGAUGUGCCUUGUUUGUCUGCUCAGUUGGAUGAUUCAGUUCUGAACAUAGUGAAAGACCACAUUUUCAAGCAUGGAACAGUAGCAUCUCGCCCACCAGUACAGAUCGAAGAGCUAAUAGAGAAACCGGGAGGCAUCAUUGUUCGAUGGUGUAAGGUGGAUGAUGACUUUACAGCCCAGGAUUACAGGCUCCAGUUCCGCAAAUGCACUUCAAAUCAUUUUGAGGACGUAUACGUAGGCUCUGAAACUGAGUUCAUAGUGUUGCACAUAGACCCCAACGUUGAUUAUCAGUUCAGAGUGUGUGCCCGAGGAGAUGGCCGACAGGAGUGGAGUCCUUGGAGCGUCCCCCAAAUGGGUCACUCCACGUUGGUGCCUCAUGAGUGGACAGCUGGCUUUGAGGGGUACAGCCUGAGUAGUCGAAGAAAUAUAGCCCUCCGGAAUGAUUCUGAAUCCUCGGGUGUGCUCUACUCCAGCGCUCCAACUUAUUUCUGUGGGCAGACAUUGACAUUCAGAGUUGAGACUGUGGGACAACCAGACAGAAGAGACAGUAUAGGAGUGUGUGCAGAAAAACAGAAUGGAUACGACUCUCUGCAGCGCGAUCAAGCAGUGUGCAUCAGUACAAACGGUGCGGUUUUUGUAAAUGGAAAAGAAAUGACUAAUCAGUUGCCAGCAGUUACUUCUGGGUCCACUGUCACAUUUGACAUUGAAGCUGUGACUCUAGGAUCCACCAAUAAUAACGAAGGAGGAAACUUCAAGCUUCGAGUAACUAUUAGCUCAAAUAACAGAGAAGUGGUUUUUGAUUGGUUACUUGAGCAGUCUUGUGGUUCUCUUUAUUUUGGUUGCUCAUUUUUCUAUCCUGGAUGGAAAGUGUUGGUAUUCUAGAUUUUUGGAUGAUUGGCUUUGGUUUUGCGGGGUUUUAAACAUAGCUGUCCUCAGCUCAGUUUAGUUGUAAUUGGUUAAAAAAAAAUUGUUAGAUUCAUCUCUCAGUUAAGCCAUUGGAAAUGGAAAUUGUUUACUGGAUUUAUUUUGGAAUAUUUUAGCAAUAAGAGAUUUGACUGUUGUGGACAAAACUGUAGUGCAGUCAGUCUUACUUGUAGCAUAGUGUUAAUUGAAAUAUCAGCAUCACGAUAAAAAUGAAAUUGGCUUUUAACGUAUGAGGAGAUACAGAAAGCCCUAUACCUUUCCACUGUGUACUUCUUGAAAAGUUAAUUAUUAGAACAGAAAAACUUAAUGUAACAUUAUCUUAUUAAAUUUCUAUCUUUUAAGGAUCCCAGGCCAUGUAAAACUUUAGAAUCAAAACAGUAGGAAUAGACCAGCUAGAAGACGGAGUUCUGUAACAUACAUUCAGUUGUGUGCUCUCCGCAUGAGUGGUGAAUAUGCUCUCCAUAUUCAGGUAUUUGUAAGCAGUAUUGAAUUUUAUCUCAUGUUCAGUAAUCUUUAAUGUCCCCAAAACGUGAUAAUAUUUGCGUUGUUAAAAAUUACUGAGCAAAUGUCUACACUAGGCAGAGUAUUUUCUUUUUUUUUUCUGUGCAGUUCGAUUCAUGAUAGACUAGAGGAUUUUUACAGGGUAAAACUACUCAUGAAAGUAGUAUGUACAGCAGUAGCUGUUCACAUAUAUGUAAUAUGCACACGUGCAUAGCCAGCCUCAGCGGUGUGUAUGUUAACUGCUCAUAGGGUAUGAGCUACGGUCCAGUUUAAUGUCAGUUUUAUAAACGGUCUUUUAGUGGACCAAACAAAUAUAAGGUAAAUACUUGA